UCCAUUUCGCUAAAAGUCUCUCUUCAAAGCUCAGCUUCUCAAUGUGGAAGCGAGCCAUUCGGUCUCUCCUCUUUCUUUAACAAUGUCGCGUGCCACGUCCGGAGGUGCCGGCUGCGGUCGUUUCCGCAUUGCUCUCGGUCUGCCCGUUGGCGCCGUCGUCAACUGCGCCGACAACACUGGUGCCAAGAACCUCUACUUCAUCUCCGUUACCAUGGUCAAGGGCCGCCUUAACAAGCUCCCCUCGGCUGGUGUCGGCGACAUGGUUAUGGCUACCGUCAAGAAGGGCAAGCCGGAACUCCGCAAGAAGGUCAUGCCCGCUGUCGUCGUCCGUCAGCGCAAGGCUUUCCGUCGUCGGGAGGGUCUCUUCGUCUAUUUCGAAGACAACGCCGGCGUCAUCGUCAACAACAAGGGUGAAAUGAAGGGCUCUGCCAUCACCGGCCCCGUCGCCAAGGAGUGCGCUGACAUCUGGCCCCGUAUCGCCUCCAGCUCACCCAGCAUCCAGUAAUGCGUUGACUGCCAAGCUCUCAUUGCCCUGCUCAUCACUAGUGGUGAUGGGGUUGUGGGAGGGAACGCACCAUACACAGUUACACCGUCCCGCCUUCCUCAGUUGUUGAAUGAUGUUUUGCUCUUGUUGUUCAAUGAAACUGUUUUUCUUCUUGUCUUGAUCACGAACCACUUGCUAUGUCA